AUGAAUACCUACAAAACGUAUACCGAACGUGCAAAGCAGCAUCCCAAUGCAUGUGCUCGCUCUCUCUUUGAGCUCAUGGAACGCAAGCAGACCAAUUUGUCGGUUGCAGUCGAUGUCACCAAAAAGUCCGAAUUGCUCUCCAUUGCCGAUGCCGUCGGUCCCUACGUUUGUGUUUUGAAGACUCACAUUGACAUUGUCGAAGACUUUGAUCAGGAUCUCGUCCAGCAAUUGCAGGCUUUGGCUGAGAAGCACGAUUUCUUGAUCUUUGAAGAUCGCAAGUUUGCUGAUAUUGGCAACACGGUGAAACAUCAGUAUGCUCACGGUGUGUACAAGAUCGCUUCGUGGGCUCACAUUACCAAUGCGCACACGGUUCCCGGUGAAGGCAUUAUCAAGGGCUUGGGCGAAGUCGGUCUGCCUUUGGGUCGUGGUCUUUUGCUUCUGGCCGAAAUGUCAUCCAAGGGCGCCUUGACCUAUGGCACUUACACCAGCGAAUCCGUCGAAAUGGCUCGUCGCAACAAGGAUUUUGUAUUCGGGUUCAUUGCUCAGCACAAGAUGAACGAGUACGAUGACGAAGACUUUGUCGUCAUGGCUCCCGGAGUGGGUUUGGAUGUCAAGGGCGACGGCCUGGGUCAGCAAUACCGUACGCCUCAUCAGGUGGUGGUCGAAAGCGGUUGCGACGUGAUCAUUGUCGGACGCGGUAUUUACGGUAAUCCCGAUCAAGUCGAAUACCAAGCCAAGCGCUACCGCGAUGCCGGAUGGGCCGCCUACCAGGAACGUGUCCGCGCUUCUUCCUCUUCUGCAUAG